AUGAUUGAAACUGAUGAAGCCAAGAGUGGUGCCGAUGGGAAGAACAGUAGCGACACAUCGUCUCCUUAUUACUUACACCCAUCUGAUAACCCAGGGCAAGUUUAUGUCAGUGAACUGCUUAAUGAAGGCAACUAUGCGGAGUGGGUGAACGACAUGGCGAACGCUCUCUUCGCUAAGAACAAAAUAGGAUUUGUUGAUGGCACACUGUCAAUGCCGUCUGUCGACUCGUCGGAACUCAGUGCGUGGAUGCGUUGCAACGCAAUGGUGAAGGGAUGGUUGAAGAGUUCGAUGGACAAGGAUGUUCGCAUUAGCGUACGUUACGCUAAGAGUGCUCGUGAGAUAUGGACAGAUCUCGAGGAGCGAUUCGGAAAAGGUAAUGCGCCUCGCGUAUAUGAACUCCGAAGGCAGGUAGCAAUGAUGCGGCAGGAUCGAUCUUCAGCACCCACUUACUACACCAAGCUGAAAAGCUUGUGGGAUGAAAUAGAGACGAUCAUGCCGAUGCCUAAGUGCGAGUGUGGUAAAUGCACGUGUGAUAUUGAAAAGCAGCUUGUUGAAAUGAAGGAACGAGAUCGCUUGUACGAGUUUCUCAUGGGACUAGAUGAGGCAUCCAACACCAUUAAAACUCAGAUUCUUAGUAUGAAACCCACACCAAGGCUGGGACAAGCAUACCACCUGGUUGCAGAGGAUGAACAACAAAGGCAAGUUUCAGCUAUGCAGAGGCCUGUGAUCGAAAGUGCGGCGUUUCAAGUGCGUACUGAUAAAGUACCCAGAGAUGGAAAAAGGGAAAAGCCUAAAUGCAAUCAUUGCCAAAAGUUAGGACAUACAGAAGAUCGAUGUUACGAGUUGAUUGGGUUCCCUGAGGAUUGGAAGAAAGGGAGUCGUGACAAACGAGAAAGACGGACAAACUGGGGUGAGAAAAAGGGUAUGCCACGUGCUGCACAGGUGAGCAUGACUGAGAGUCCUAUUCCAGGAUUGACAACUGAUCAAUAUGAACGCCUUCUACAAUGCAUCACCAAGAAAUAG